AAGUAGUACAAUGAAAAUGGCGCGCAGUGUUCUCUCCACAGACUGGAAUCUAGGGUUUUAGUUUUCAAAAUCAAACUGAACCUAGUUUCCUCUGGAAUAAAAAUUGGCGCGAAGAAACCACUUGCUUCAAUUUUGUCGACGACAGCGUUUAAGUGCCAGUGGCUACAAAUGGCUUGGUGGGAAGGCGUCGAUGAAACUCGAGUUCUUAUCGCGCAAGUGUAUGUGUGCAGAUCCUUCUACGACUGGGAAGCAUCAGGGUUCAUUUUUAUCACUUCGGCAUCCUAGAACAGGAAAUAAAGCGUGCUACCUCUGUGUUGAUGGAGUUCUUCAAGAGCUUCACUGGUUUAAGCAAUCUUAUGGAUCUUGGUUCAUUGGGGAUUAUGUUCGUGAAGAUGGCCGCUUGUAUACUGCCACUCCCAUUGAUCCCGUUUUUAUUCUUUUGCCCGUCUUUGAGGAAGCUCGAAUGAAGAAAGGAAAUGAACCGGGGAAGUUUAGGCAACUUGAUGAGAUUAUGUAUAUUCAAGGGUUCCCUGGAUAUCAAUCUCUGUCAUCUGUUGCAGAGAAGGCUGUGGAAGUUGUUUGUGAUCUUAAAGAAGUUGGGUCGAGCAAGUUUUUCAGGCUUGAUGACAUGAAGGUAUUGAAGUGGUUAUGUUAUAAGGUGCAACGACUGAAGCAGACACUACAGACAUUGGAUAAGAAUUAUGCUGCCCGAGAUGAGAAAGAUACAUUGCUUGACGCAGUGUCAAUCAUGCGGGAGUACCUGAAGGAUGAGCCUUGGAUAAAUCUUCUUUGCAACAAACUCAAAUUAAAUGUAGACGACUUAACUAAGGCACAAGAUGUUGCAGUGCUUCCACCUUCCACAGGAAAUGAUCUCGGAUCAUUUGCUCCGGCACAGGAGACCAGCGUAACGGGGAAGAAUGCACCACGGACCACAAGGCAACAAGUUAAGAAGGCAAAAGUGGAGAAAGAUUCAAAAAACAUUAAGGACAUGUUCAGCAGGGCUACUAGAAAGAGAGGGUAAAACAGGCUUCUCUUUAGCACGAACACAUUUAUGUUAUGUUAUACAAUGUGAUAUUUCUGCAUUUCGAUAUUUUUCUAAUUAAAUACCGAGCAAAUUCCUUCUC